AUGUCAAGGUUGAGACAACAAAUAACUGGUUGGCCGGAAAUCAAACAGGAAGUUGAUCAACAAAUUCAAACAUACUGUAGUUAUCGCGAUGAAAUUGUCUGCAUUGAUGGAUUGAUGUUCAAAGAACACACACUGAUCAUUCCAAAGGCUCUGCGACCAGAAAUGCUUCACCGGAUACACGAGGUGCACCUUGGUAUGGGCAAAUGUAAGGCACGCGCGAGGGAAGUACUAUUUUGGCCAGGAAUGAGUACUGAUAUAGAAGAGAAGGUUGCCACAUGCAACAUUUAUGCUAGUCGCACAAACAGCAACGCAAAGGAACCGCUUAUACCCCACGACAUACCAAACCGACCAUGGGCAAUGGAUCUAUUUGAACUCAAGGGUCAACACUACCUGCUUAAUGUAGACUAUUUCUCAAAGUGGUCUAAAAUCUCAAAAUUACAAGGACUGACAAGCAGCUCAUUAACCAUGCAAAGAGCCAGUUUUCCAAAUAUGGAAUUCCAGACCAAGUCAUAA